GUUAUUUUUCAUUGAUUGAAAAUGAUCCGAUUUCUUUAUAAAAGGUUGUAUUUGGUGCAUUAUCGACUCGUAUCAAUAAAAAAAGAUCACCAAAUGGAAUUUUAAGUGCUGUACAACAAGCACAACAAAAAACAAAACAACAACCAAAAGCUGCUCGUGCUGGUGGAGCGAAGAAAGGUAAACAAACAACAAGUCGUAGUAAAGCAAAAGCAAAACAAUCUGAUGAUAAUGACGAUGAUGAUUUAAAAGAAAAUGAUGGCGACGAUGAUGAUUUAAAAGAAAAUGUUGGGGACGAUGAUGAUGAUGAUUAA